AUGUCAUUUGAUAUAAAUUGGGAUAGACUAAAUCUUGAUGAUUCUAUAAACAAUGCCAUCAAGGAAUUCCUAGAUCAUCAAUUCAGAAGCAUAUCAUUACCAUCUUACAUAUCAGAUCUAUCCGUUAAUAACUUCAGUCUUGGAGAUAUUCUGCCUGAGGUUAAUAUCAGACAUAUUGGUGAUCCAUUUGAUGAGUUCUAUAAAGACGAAGAAGAUGAAGAUGAAGGCACUGAAACUGAUACUAAUCAAGAUGUGAAAUUCAAUCCUAAUAAUCACAUCUACAAUAAUUUCGAACAUUCCAAACCCAAGUAUGAAGAUGAUGGAGAUUACGAUGAUUAUGACGAUGAUGAUGACGACGAUGACGAUGAAGAAGAUGAUGACUAUACUAAUGACCAUGAUGACUUAUCAACUUUUGGAAGUUCAAACCCACCACAACCUCCUCCAGAACCAGUACUUACACCACCUCCUUUCCUAGGUAGAGCUCGAGAAACUUAUCUUCAUAAUUAUAAUGGAAUUGGUCUAGGUACAUCAACAGGUGGAACUGAAACUCCAACAAAUAUAUUAAAUCAGAACGUAUUAAAAAACAAUUUAAGAAUUCAAAGUUUAAAGAAAGCAACCAUGAAAAAUGUCGAUGAUAUUCAAUUAAUUGUCGAAUUCAAUUAUCAUGGGAAUGCAUACUUAGACUUGACUGCUAAUUUAUUAGUGAAUUAUCCAUCACCUAAUUUCAUCUCACUUCCAGUUAAAUUACAUAUCACAGAUUUAGUCAUUCAUGCCUUAGCCACCAUUGCAUAUUUAAAGAAAAGUGUUUAUUUCUCAUUCCUUUGUGAUAUAAAUGAUUCUGUUUCAGAUUACUUCACCAGUACGAAUAGUUCAGCUUCAACAAAUACUGCUACUACGGCCACCACACCGGCAGAUGUGGUUGGUACUUCUACACCCCAUCAAACCACACCAGCUGUUGAAACUCCUUUAUCAGCUCAUCCCACUAGUGGAGGGAAUUUCGUCGAUUAUGUUUCUGAUCAGAAUAUGAAUGAAAGAAUUGAUAUUAUAAAAAAGAUUAAAAUUGAAUCGGAAAUCGGUCAAUUGGAACAAAAUGUAUUAAGAAAUGUAGGUAAAGUUGAGAAAUUCUUAGUUGAACAAAUAAGAAGAAUCAUAAGAGAUGAAAUCGCAUGGCCUAGUUGGGUCUGUAUCGAUUUGAAUGAUGAUGAUGAAGAGGAUGAUGAAGAUGAAAAACAUGAUGAUCAUGAUGAGGAUCAUAAUAAUGACGGUGAGACCAAUGGGGAAGGAGAUAAUUGA